AUGAACGUCUCCAUGUCUUCCCUUCACACUUGUCUCCUCCUCUCUCUUAUCCUCUUCAUUAUCUUCGUCUUCCUCCUGAAACACAAAAAGAACCAUGCAACCGACACCACCACCCACCCGGCACCGCCCGGCCCGCGGCGGCUUCCACUCAUUGGGAACCUGCACCAGCUCAACCUCUCCGUCUCUCACCACCGCCUGUGGCAACUCUCUCAGCUCCACGGCCCACUCAUGUCCCUGAAGCUCGGACUCACGCCUGCGCUUGUCAUCUCCUCGGCAAAGACAGCAAGAGAGGCCAUCAGAGCACACGACCUCGAGUUCUCGAACCGGCCCUCCUUGGUAGGCCAGCAGAAGCUGUCGUAUGGCGGCUUGGACAUGGCCUUCGCGCCGUACGGCGAGCACUGGAAGCAAAACCGAAGGAUCAGCGCGGAGAAUCUCUUGAACCCCAAAAGGGUCCAAUCCUUCCGUCCGAUACGCGAGGACGAGGUCUCGAAAAUGGUGGAGAGGAUCUCCGAGGCAGCUGCCGCUUCUCGUUCGCAGUUGGUCGACCUGAGCGAGACGCUCUUGUUUCUCACCGCCUCGUUAAUCUGCAGAAUCGCUUUUGGGAGGAACUACCUUGUCGAACCCGAGCCCAGGAUCCAUGUUCUUAGGUCGGUGAGGGAAGCUAUGGUCGUGUUUGGGAGCUUCUGUUUCGAGGACCACUUUGGCUGGGUCGGUUCGGUCGUCGAUAAGGUCACCGGUUUGUCGUCCAAGUUGCAGAGAGUUUUCGUGGAGUUGGAUUCGUUCUACGAGGUGAUGAUUCGCGACCACCUCGAGAAGAAGAGAGAGCAGGAGGAUCGAGACGACUUCAUUGACGUCUUGCUUCGAAUGGGCGAGGAUCGGUCGGGUUCGGUGCAUGUCAGUAGAGAUCACAUCAAAGCGAUGCUCACGGACAUAUUCAUCGGAGCGACUGACACGAACGCGGCCACGCUGGCGUGGGCAAUGACAUCGUUGAAGAAGAACCCCAGAGUCAUGGACAAGGCUCAGCGCGAAAUAAGAUCGUUGGUCGGAAGCAAAGGUUUUGUGGAUGAAGACGAUCUUCUCUCCCUUCCAUAUCUCAAAGCUGUGGUCAAGGAGACGCUGAGGCUCUACCCACCGGCUCCAUUGCUGCUUCCCAGAGAAACGACCGGAAGAUGCAUUCUAAGUGGGUAUGAGAUAAGACCCAAAACCCUAGUUUACAUUAAUGCAUGGGCCAUCGGGAGAGACAGCGAGUACUGGGAAAGUGCAGAGGAGUUUUGCCCCGAGAGGUUCUUGGAUAGCGAUGUGGAUUUCAGGGGGCAAAGCUUUGAGCUCGUGCCUUUUGGCUGUGGAAGGAGAGUGUGUCCGGGGGCGAGUUUAGGAGUUGUGACACUGGAGUUGGCGCUGGCCAAUUUGUUGUACUCGUUUGACUGGGAACUUCCUGAGGGAAUGAAGGAGGAGGAUGUGGACACCGAGGCUACGCCUGGAAAUACCAUUCAUAAGAAAAUCCCGCUUUGCCUGAGGGCCAAGGUCAAGAAUUAUGCCUGAUAAGCA